AUGUUCGCAUUGUUACUUCUCACAGUUGUCAUGCUUUGUGCUCAACAAUCGAGUGCAAUAAUCACUGCUGAACAACUCAAAGCAAUUAUGCCCAAAUGCAAGCAUCCAGAAUAUUUAAAUAAUAUCAAUGAUGCUCUUGUUGAAGGUUCAAUUAAUACAUGCUUACGUCAAUCUGCUUUUUUGGCACAAUUAGCACAUGAAUCUGGUCAAUUAGUAUAUAUGGAAGAAAUAGCAAAUGGUUCCGAUUAUGAAGGUCGUAUAAAAUUAGGUAAUACAGAGCCUGGUGAUGGAAUGCGAUUCAAAGGUCGAGGACCAAUUCAACUUACUGGUCGUGCUAAUUAUGCUGCAGCUGGCAAAGCAUUAGGUCUUGAUCUUGUUAAUAAUCCUGAGCAAGUCAAAACACCUUAUGUUGGCUUUCGUACAAGUGUCUGGUUUUGGACAAAUCGUCAAUUAAAUGCUCUUGCUGAUCAAGGUACAUUAGAUUCAUUCCGACAAAUUACAAAAAAAGUUAAUGGAGGAACAAAUGGACAAGCUGAUCGUGAGCAAUAUUGGGCAAAGGCUAAGAAUGUAUUAGGUUGCGAUGAUGGUUCAGUCAGUAUUACUUUACCAACAUGUACGGCUAAUGGAGUAUCAGGUGUUUGUAUGUCCACAACUAAUUGUAAAGGUCGUUCUGUUGCAGGACAUUGUGCUGGUCCUAAAGAUAUUCAAUGUUGUAUUUGA